AUGCAUCCCCUCCCGCCCAUCCGCAAAACCACCAUCCCACCCUCCCUUUCCCCCCUCCUCCCCCCUUCCCCCUCCCCCUCUCCUCCCCCCUCUCAACCCCCGUCCCUCUCCCGCUCAUCCCACCCAACCCCCCCCCCCGUGACGGUCGUCAGAGCCAUGGCGGAGUCGCUGCGCAUGCAGCGCCCGUGGCACGCACAGCUGCUGGGGCCCAUGUGCAGCGAGCACGACUACUACCUCGACCUCCUCUCCAUCCUGCACCACAACCAGGACGUACGUCACCUCUCCUCUCCUCACCUCCACCUCCACCCCGCCAACUCUCCCUUGUGCCACCCGCCCACCUGCUCCUGCCCUCUGCUUCUCCCUUGCUCCUCUCCUCCCUUGUUGCUUCUGCGUUUUCCCUUUGAGCCCCACCCACCUCCCUCACUCGAGCUCCCGUUUGUGACUCCCCCUCUCUCUGUCUUUCUCCCCCUCGCACCCCAUUCCCGCACUCCCCCUCUCCCCCCCCUCCUCCCUCUCCUCCCCCUUCCCCCGCUCCCCCCCAUCCCCCCCUCCACCUCCUCCUUCCCUUUCCCCCACCCACCCCCCACUUCCCCUCCCCCCGCACCCCCCUGCGGUCCGUCCUCAACCAGUGACUCGUAUCAUGCAAGGCUCGUCACGUCACUGCCGUUUCUAGUCCUGUUGUGCCCUGUGUUCCCGUACCAUCUGAGUGCGUACAUCUGCGGUGUGCUGCGCAUCUCGCCCUUCCGCUUCUACCGCGACAUGCUCGUAGACGCCAUGGCACAGGAGCGGUCGUAUGACAGUCUGCCGAACAUCACAGCGGCGGACAUAGUGAGGGUGCUGGGCGUGGGGCGCAACCAGUACCUGCACACCAUGCUCGCUGCUCGCUCCACGCUAAUGUGGCGCCUGAGUCGCAAGCAGCAGCUGCGCGACUCCCUCCCGCAACACCCAGCAGCAGCCGAAGCCGCACUGCCGCCGUGGUGGGGCGUGUCAGCAGUGGACGUGCAAGCAGACGACCUGCAGGGGCUGUCAGAUGACGAGCUGUAUGCGCUGCAGGUGCUGCAGGAGGCUGUGGGUGGGCGCAUGCUGGUGGGGGAGAUGCACGAGGACGUGGUGCGGCAGCUGUACUGCCGCCACCUCGUGGCGCCAGAGACAUGGAGAAGUGAGCUGGGCGGUGGGCAGGGGGGAAAGGGAGGGGCGCUGGGCAGGGGGGAAAGGGAGGGGCGCUGGGCAGGGGGGAAAGGGAGGGGCGCUGGGCAGGGGGGAAAGAAAGGGCGGUGGGCAGGGGGGAAAGAAAGGGCGGUGGGCAGGGGGGAAAGAAAGGGCGGUGGGCAGGGGGGAAAGAAAGGGCGGUGGGCAGGGGGGAAAGAAAGGGCGGUGGGCAGGGGGGAAAGAAAGGGCGGUGGGCAGGGGGGAAAGAAAGGGCGGUGGGCAGGGGGGAAAGAAAGGGCGGUGGGCAGGGGGGAAGGGGAAAGAAAGGGCGGUGGGCAGGGGGGAAGGGGAAAGGGAGAGGCGGUGAGCUGGGGGGAAAGAGAGGGACGGCUGUUCUACGACCUGCUAGUGGCAGCGAGUCACACCACAACAGUGGCAGCGCUAGCGGACACGCUACAGGUGCCGCUGCACCGCCUGCUGCCCAUCGUCUCCCUCGCCUGCCGCCUGCGCUGGGCCGAAAAGCUCCCCCCGCUGCCCUCCCCCACUCCGGCUUCCUCCGCCCCCCUCCUCUCCCCCUUGCCUAGCCCUUUACCCAAUUCCCUGCCUAGCUCCCUUUCUGAUCACUUGCCUAGCCCCUUGCCUAGCCCCUUGCCGUUGCCUCACACGGAGACUCCUGUGGCCUUUGUUGUUGGGGCUGGGGAAGCGGAUGAGGGAGAGCGUGGGGAUGACACACCUGCUGCUGGUGGUGCUGCUGCUGCUGGUGCUGCUGCUGCUGGUGUUGCUGGUUCUGAGAUUGAUACUGGUGCAGUUGGUAUGAACGAUGUGCUUGAGGUGGUGGCAGCAGGACAAGGCACAGAUGCCGCCCCAAGAGUGCAAGUUCCUGUUGUUUCACCCACCUCUGAAACUCCCCUUACUUCUGUUCCUCCCUCUUCUGCUCCACUUGCUUCUGCUGCUGCUGCUGCUGCUGCUGCUUCGGCUUCGUCUGCUGCGGGACAUGCAGCAACAUGUGACGAUGCGCACGUGCCUGAUGCAGCAGCGGCAGUGGCGGCGGGAGUAGUGGGGGGACCAGUGGAAGGGGCAAUGGGGGAAGCAGUGGGGGGCGCAGCGGAAGGGGCAGGGGAGCAGCGUGUGAGUGUGGCGCUGCUGGUGGAUGCGCGCAUCACCUCGUUCCUCAUGAUGGGCUCCUUCUCCCAUGGUGAGCGCUGUGGGGCUUGCACUGCACUGCAUUCACGGGGGCACGGGGCCCACAGGGCCACAGGCGCCAGGGGAGAAAUGGGGGAAACGGGGGAAAACGGGGGGAAACGGGGGGAAACGGGGGAAACAGGGGCGCUGGGGCACAGGGGGGAACAGGGAACACAGGAAGCAACGGGAAACAGGGGCACGGGGGGAAGUUGUGACAGCGACCUGAAGCGGCACGCAGUGAUGCUGUUUGAGGCGGGCAAGCUGGCAGAGCCGCAGGUGCUGCAGCUGUGGGAGCAGCUGCAGCUGGUGGAAGAGAGCCCUGACCUCGCAGGGGACCUGCUGCGCCUGCGCACCCUUGCCUCCUGCCUCCGCUGCGCCAUCGCCACCCUGCGCUGCCUCUCCCUGCCCCCCUCCGCCUCCCCUUCCGCCCCACCUUCCGCCUCUACUUGUGCCUCCCCCUCUGCUCCUCCCCCCGCCUCUUCCUCCCCUUCAACAGCUGCCUCUUCCUCCCCUGUCCCCUCUUCUGCUGCUCUAUCUUUGCCCGCCUCUCACGGUCAACCACUGGUGCACCACGAAGGCCCCUCACAGAGUAGAGCAGGGGAUUGUGGGGAGGAGGAGGAGGAGGAGAAGGAGAAGCGGAGUGCACUAGGGAAUGGGAUGGAGAGGGGCGAAGCGGAGGGAACAGCAGAGGUAACUCAUGAGCGCACUCACGAGGGCAUGGAGGCAAGGCAAGGCCCGGAAACAGCAGCCACGUGCUCCCUUCCUGUUGCGCCCUCUCCUCCUGAAACCGCUGCUGCUGCUGCUGCUUCUGACUCUGCCACUGCUGCUGGCCCGCUCCCCCUUAUGUCACACGACUUGCAUGUGCCUGCAUCCGCUGAUAGCCACUUGUUGCCAGCAGCAGCAGCAGAAGCAGCAGCAGGAGCAGCCGCAGCAGGAACAGUAGGAUCGGCAACUGCUGUCCCAUCAGCAUCAUCAUCAUCAAGAGGAGACAUAUCGUCAGAGGGUACUGGGGAUGAACCUGAAGCAGCUACCGCUCUGCACCCACCUCUAGAGCAUGGAACCUCGUCCCCAUCAGUAGCUGGGGUUGCUGGUACUGCUCCCUCCUCUGUUGACAGUGACUCCACUGCAACCGCCAACGCUGCCAGCACUGCCAGCGCUGCCAGCAGCAGCACAAUGAGCGGCACCAGCUCUAACAGCGCUGCUAGCAACAGUGCUCCCCUCCCAAUCGCAACUCCUACCCUUGACUGCAACACAACCUACCCCACCCCUACCCCUGCACACCGCACACCUCCUCCCACCAUCAUCACCUCUCUGCAAUCCCCACACUCGUCCUCCACCACUCCUCACUCCUCUGCAUCCCCCUCCGGCCCCACAUGGUCCCACCGCCUCAUGCACGCGGCAGAGGCAGCAGGGGCGCGCCUUUCCGGAUCCGUUCCCACCCACCCACUCCACUCCCUCUCCGCGCUCUCGUCCUUCUCCUCGCUCUCCUCCCUGCAUCUCUACCCGGGCAGCAUCUCCCUCGCGCUGAGCGAGGUGGCAGGGUCGGUGGCAGGGAGUGUGGCAGAGCGGGUGACAGCUACAGCAGACUCCCUUGCUGUAGCGCUCACGCCCAGGGGAACCAGCAGCAGCAGCAGCAGCACCACCACCACCACCAGCACGCGCAGCAGCAGCGAGAAGGGUGUGAGCAGAUCCAGCUCUGCUGGCACGCCAAGGAAGCAUGUCUCUGCAGCAGCAACCGCCACUCCUGCGGGAAAAGCCUCUGAAGCCACUCCUGGCUUGAGCAGCAGCCUCACGCCAGGCACUCCCUCGACGCUUCCUCCUCCUGUGCGGUGCAACCGAGUGGAGAUUAUCCGAGGGGAGAGCCUGGCGAGUCUGUCGCCGUCCAUACGGCAGCGCCUGCUGUCCCGCGACUACCACGUCAUUGUCUCCGCUCUCCCACUCCUCCCCUCCGCCAUGCUCUCCCCUCCCUUCCCUGACUUGCUCCCUGCUGCCACUGCUCUCCCUGUUCCGUUCACCACUGCCCCUGCUGUAUCAGCAGCACUGGCAGCGCCAGCAGCACUUGCAGUGCCUGUAGGUGGUGGUGCGGGCGAGUGUUAUUCCCCUCUACCUGAGGCUGCCUGCAUCACGUCUCCCAGGAGUCCCUCUCUCGCUCUGCCACCCCACAUGCGCUCACUCCCCCCCCCAGCUGCACCUGCAGCAGGGAACCUGGCAUCACCCACCCCCGCUGCACUUGCAGCACAAACGCCAGCAGCACCAGCAGCAGCACCAGCAACACCAGCAGCAGCAGCAGCAACACCAGCAGCAGCACCAGCAACACCAGCAGCAGCAGCAGCAGCAGCGGCAGCAGCAGUGGUGCACUAUGGUUCUCCCGCCCCUGCCUUGGCCACGCCGUGGCUGAAGCUUCUCCUGUACGUGCUCUCCCGCUGCGGCCCUCCUACCAUUGUUCUCGUGCGCGGGCAGAGGCUCAGACACCUCCCCUUGGUGCUGCGCGCGUGUGAGUGCGCCCUGGUGGGCAUGUGGGAUGGGGGGGACAUCCGCAAGGGGGGCAGGGCAGGCGGGGGAGGAGGGGACGAGUGGUGGGGGGAUGGGGGGGAGAAUGGCGGUGGGGGAGGAGGAGGGGGGUGGGGUGAGGAUACGGUGGGGGGGUUGACAGUAGUGCCUGGGGGUGUGUUGCUGCAUGUGUUGAACACGCUGCUGCUGCGAUCAGCGGUGAUGGUGCAACCUCUUAUGAGCUCGCGCUAUGUUGUAAGGCACAUACCACUGCCUCUCCUCCCCACGCGCGGGCACGCUGUUGCUUCUGAGUGUGCUGCUGAAGGUGCUGCGGAUGGUGCUGCUGCAGGUGCAUGUGGUGCUGACAGUGAUGCUAUGGAAGCAUGUGACUUACUAUGUGGGAGGUCAGCGGCAGAGGAAACAGGGGCAGUCGAAACAGAGGCAGCUGAAGCAGGGGCAGCCGAAGCAGGGGCAGCCGAAACAGGGGCAGCCGAAACAGGGGCAGCCGAAGCAGGGGCAGCAGAAGCAGGGGCAGCUGAAGCAGGGGCAGCCGAAGCAGGGGCAGCAGAAGCAGGGGCAGCUGAAGCAGGGGCAGCUGAAGCAGGGGCAGCUGAAGCAGGGGCAGCUCACAAGGACCAAGACGGGGUGGCAUGUGGUGGCAGCAGGGGCGAGUGCCGCACGGGUAACGAGGCCGAGGAGGAGCAGGCAGAUCAGGAAAUGUACAGUGGGGCGGCUGCAGAGCACGCGGGGGAGAAGGAGGGAGGUAGAGCAAGGGAGGAAGCGGAAGGGGGAGCAUUGCAGCAGGUGGAGGGGAUGGGCUGCAUAGAGAGAGUGGUGUAUCCGUUGGGGCUGACAGGCAUGGGUGUGCUCACGCUCAUGCAUUUACCACAAGGGGAAUCCAGUAGUGCCGUGAUGCACGAGGACGGGGGGCAUGGUGGAGCAUCCACGGCGCAGCAUGGCAAUCAGUGUACUCUCAGCGGUGGUGGUUGUGGCGAUGGUGACCGCACUGCUGCCGCUGCUGCUGCAGGAGUCACUGCUUUGGCAGAAGUUGCAUGCGGUGCUGUGGGGUGCAGCAAGGGCUGGGUGCCUCAUUCGCUCAGCCUUGGCUUGCCUCUGUUUGACGCGUCCCUCUGUGCGCAGGUAAUGGGGUUGGCACUCGCUCGGGAGGUGAUUUUAUCUGGUGGGAUUAUUGGAGGGGGGUUGGUUGGUGUGCAGAACGGCUCAGCAAGCAUCCCGCCGGCGCACUUCUCACCAACUAUUGAGUCAUGCCAAACCCCCUUCCCACCCCCUCCCGUUGCGACCACUGCACAGGUGUGCAGGGCGGCGCAUGAAGCAUCCCUGCUGGGCGCGGUCCAGCGGCAGCAGCAGCUAGCAGCGGCCACGACCACGCGGCGCCUGCUGCUCGCUCUCAUCCGUGACCUGCGCCCCCACAGCCCUCUCUGCCUCGCUGCCUCCUCCCUGCAUGCGCCGGGGAUUUGUGCGUUUCAGCGCAGGUGGAUGCUUGCGGGAGGAGGCGGGGUGAGUGAGGGGGAAGGGGGAGGAGGAGGCGUGUGGGAGGUGAGAGAGGGAAGUAGGGGGAGCGAGGGGAUAGAGGGGGGAGGGUGUGGAGUGGAGCAUGAUGAGAGGGGCAGCAGUGGUGGGGAUGUGUCUUGUGCACGGCUGGAGCAGGCAAGGGAGAGUGCACGCACGUGUGAUGGAGGUGGGAGCAGGAGGGAGGCGGAUGGUGCAGAGCGCGUGGGGGCGUGCUCUGGGUGCAAGGCUCGUGUUCUUCCUGCUACUGCCUGCUGCACUGCCUGCUGCAGGGGGUGCAGCAGAGAAUGUAGCGGUGCGAGGGACAGCAGGCAGGGCAGUGGGCCGUUUGUGUGUGUGCACCUCAUUGCAGGGCACUGCAUGCAACCCCCGUGCACGCACGUCCAUGGGAUGCAGCAGCACUCUCUCUCGUCGCCACUCAAUAGGCUUGAUGCUCGCUACCAUGCUCGCUACUGUGGUAACGUGUGCCCCUUUCACACGUGUGCGUGUCACUGCAGCAGCGGGCAACACCACACUCCUCAUGACACUGCUGGCCUGAAGGAUGCUGCCGAUGCUGCUGCUGCUAAUGCAAGCAGAACAGGUGCUGGCGCUGGUGGUGUGCGGUACGAUGAAGCAGCGGAAGAGGAGGACGGCGACUGCGAUGAUGACGAUGAUGAUCUCACAUUGCUGGUGCUCCCCGGCUUGAACCUCUACUUCGAUGGCUCCUCCCUCUGGCCGCUUGACGUCUCCUCCUGCCGCCAGGGAAGCGUGAUGUCAAGAGUGCUGCCACGGCAUCACACCACCACACAGCAUGCCGGCAGAUAG